AUGUCUCAUCACGAGGCUAGCGGAGAAUCGACCUGUAAGGGUAUUGGAGUGCCAUUACUUGCAAACCUUAAGAAAACACCAGCUUUGCAAAAGGAUCUUGAAGAGAUCGCACCGCUCUUGAGAUCCCAAUCCCGUCUACAGGGCAUAACGAAGCUGAAAGACGGGGUUUUCGCAUACAGGUGGAUCUCAGAAUUUGAAAGACUUCGCAGCGAUAUUCUCAACAGCGAAUACAAAGACCUUGUAACGAAAACUGGUAGAGCGGUCCGAGAGCCGGAGCCGCAUGAAAACGCAUAUCCCCGGGCCGCGGUGCUACUCCUUCACGAAGCCAGGCUCCACACAAGUGAUGACGAAAUUUUCCUCCUUCAGUGUCUUCCCAUAGAUAAGGAAACACACGAGGCGAUAAUUCAUCGCAUCCUAGAGAUGGACCCCACGUCAAAACCUGCCAGCGUUACAGACAUGAAUAAGAAGCUCCUUGUACAAAGUCUUACGGCUCCCAAUUUAAGAAGCGAGGCACCAUUACAGUCAGACUCACUUUGCCUGGUACUACAGAAUGCCAGUUUGGAGAUGGCACCGCAACUAGUUCCUUUUCUCCUCGUUCCUCGUCUCACAUCCAAAGUCGAAUAG